AUGUCUGCGUCUGAAGAACAAAAGGAUUUUCCAGCCUGGUUCAUCGAAGCAAGCGACCAUGAUAGGAAGAUUGAGUUCAAGGGCAAAUUGAUUUUGAUCUAUAAUGAAACAACAAAGCACACACCUGUGGAUAAGCUCGAUGUCAAUGAUAGAGAAGAUUUUAUCAUUCCGAAGGGCUAUACAUGUGAACUUCAUGGUAGUGGUACUGGAUCUUUUGCUAGAUUAUCUGAUACGAUUUGA